UGUAACUCUUAAGCUUGUGAUGGUUUUGAAGAAACGUCUUAUCAACUUGUAGUUUUUUCUCAUUUAAAUAUUGAAAUAUAUUACAAAAUAUCAAUGAGUCUCUUGACAUCAAAUAAAUAUUCAUUUACUUUAAUUCUUCAAUAUUUAUGCCUACUUUUGGAUAUUAGCACAAACUCAUUUGCUACUUUUGCUAAAAAUCGUCCAGCUGAUUUGCUCGUCCUUUUCGUUGUACAAGACUUUUGUUUAAUAAUUGCACUAACAAUACUUUUAGCUAAUCUGUUUUCCACCUACAUUUUUCAAGCUGGCUUAAUUCAACUCUUAUACGCGCAAUUUCGGAUGACUUUAGUCAUAUGUGUUAUCUACAUUAUACUGAGUAUUGGCUUACAUUCUUGGCACAUGACUAUCUAUUGGACUUCACCUUUAGAUCACUUUUGGUCAGUUGGGUAUCACAGUCUUUACUCAAUACACAGAACCAGUAAGAUAUGCAUAAAUAACAUUUAUUCAACAAUAUCCAUUAAUUUUGAAAAUCAUAUUAAUGAAAUAAUACUUAUUGCAGCCGCAGUAUUAUAUUAUUAUUUCAGCAAAAGAGCAUCCUUACGCAUUAGUGAUCCAAGAUUUCACGAAGGAUCCAAGUGGAUGCAAAAGCAUUUUAAUUUGAGUUGAUUUGAUAAAAACCAUCUAAUGCAUUUGUAUAAUUUUUAUUCAUAAUUUUCUUUUAUCAAAAAAAUCAUUUUGUUGAUUUUAUAAAAAAAUCAUUUGAUAAUUUUCGUGCAAUUAAUAAAAAAAAGUCUAACACAAAUCAUAACAAAAUAAUUGAGCUACCAACAUUUUAAAAAUAU